GACACAUUCCUUCCUUCUCGCUCUAUCCUCUGCCGCCGUGGCUCGACAUCUCAGUGAAUAUGCAAGCACAAAUCACUCGUCAAGAACAAGCCAUUACUUCUGCUCAAAGCACUGCUGUGGUCCAAACGCUUCUGAAAGCGGGAUUGGGCUGUAUAACCUUCAUGAGAGAGCUCCUACCUCAAGACAACUUCGUCGAAAGUCAUUUCACGACCGCUGAAGAUGGAAGGUCAUAUUCAUCGAGUAACUUUACGACUCCGGACGGAAACAAGAGGAACGUCAACGGAUUCAAGAUAAUGAAUGUGUCUCGCGGCUAUACUGACGAAGCAGAUAGACUACUUAACUAUCUGGAGUAUGGCAUUUUCGACGCGCUACAAAAGCAGUACUUGCGCAGCUUUAUUUUCGCCAUCUAUCUGGAUAACAACAAUCCGAACAACAUAGUUGAGGCAUACACUUUCAAUUUCCAAUAUCAUACUAUUGCUGGAACGAAUACUACUGUCCCUAUCAUGAGCCUCGGGGACGACCUCACUAAGAUGUCGUUGCAGGAUAGAACCUUGAUAGCGUCAGCGAAGAAGGGGAAGCCUCCGACAUUGAAAGAUGUGAAGAGGAGUGUAAAGACACUAUUGAAAAUGCUUAUCUCUUCGAUGGUUCAGAUGGAUGUCCUCCCAAAACGACGUUAUGCAUCUUUCAAAGUUUUUUAUACUGACGACACGCCGCCAGAGUACGAACCUCCGCAUUUUAAGCCAGGCGAUUACGAGAAGGAUAAGUGGCACUUUAUGACACACGAUUUCGACGAGGCACCUGAUAAAUGGAGUAUUGGUAGAGUUGAAACUGGAUAUCAUUCCGUCGUAGUCAACGUUAGUUCUGUUGCUACCUAUUUGCCCUCGUCCACCGAGCACGAAAAUGCGCCCUUUGCUGGUAUCACCAGCAUUAGGCCUACCGCUGUAAUCAACUGCACGCCUGCUGAAGAGGCUGCUCAUCGUGCAGAACAAACAGAGAAGCAGCUAGAGGAUGCCGAGAGGCGAAACGUCGUUUGGACCGCGGAAGAUGUGGAUCUCGACGGGGAUGGUGACACUGACCCGGAGGAUGUCAGGGCCUCUCGUCCAGACGCACCGAUCGGUAUACGGAAUGCCGACGGCAGCAUUCAACCCAUUCCAGAGGGUGUUGACCUGAACAAAAUGGAUGUGGACGAAGCUCAGGUUUUUGGGGCAACUCAGACUGUUCCUACUCGGUUGCAGCAGAUUUUGAACGAAAAAAGAUCGGAACUUUUGGUCAUCCCUGAGACUCAAAGCGUGGAAAGCACGCAAGGAGUUAGCAAAAACCUUCCGCCAUCUGAUAUACCGGAUGAUGACGAUAGUAUCUUGGACACCCCAACUCCCGUGGUGAGGGGCAGACGCAAUUUACAUCGACUAGUCAAAUCUCCACCGAGCUCUCUCUCUUCGUUAGAGGAGGUGCCCGAGACUCAGAUAACCACCGAUCUUGGAAAGAUGGUCGACACCGAAAUGCUCGACAUGGAGACACAAUCCUUCGGCUUCGCGGCAACUCAAACGGUGGAUACCAUAGAAUCUUUCGGGCGCGACAAUGAACUGGAUGCGAGUCCCAAAAAGCCCAUCACGUGGAAAGAAGAUAACGAUGUAAUCGAGUGUGAAUGUGGUAUAUCGGAAGAGGAUGAAAUCGUAUUCUGCGAGAGUGGAUGCAAGCGUUGGUAUCACAUAUGGUGUAUGGGCUAUCACUCGACCAAGGAUUCUAGGUUGCCGCAAUCGUUCAUUUGCUUUGACUGUUGCGUUCAUGCCGACCCGUCCUGGGAGCUCAUUAAAGUUGACCUCUAUCCGACCAUGACCUCGAAAUUUAAGGAGCUAGCGACAUUCCGACGUGCCAUCAAAGUUGCGGAGAAGAAGAACCCGAGCACGAUUGCAGAAUUCGCGAAGCAUAUGGGUUGCAAUAAUACCGAGGCACGGCAGCUUUUCAAACGGUUAGAGACCGAAGGGUUCAUAUUCGAGCAGUCGACGAUGGUGAAUGACAUUGGACUCGUCGAGACGCGGACUCGUGUUCCGAAAAACAAAGGGAAAGCAAAACAAGGACAGCGUCGGACCGUACUGAAAGCGAAAUAUGCAUUCAAUCGUCAGUCAGUGAAAACUCAGGCGUAUAAGGACUACUUCAACCCUGAUCGAGAAGUGGAAAGUAGGCUCCUCGGUGUUUCUAAAAUGAAAAUCGCCAUCAAAUCACGGAACAUCCAGAUUCCAAAGCGUGCACCAGCUCAACUUCUCCCGCAAGAUGACUCGCAAACGCAGACUCAAGAUGAAACGCAACUUUUUAUUACACCUAUGCCUAAUAAGCGCUCUCCGGACAACGAUGACAAUUUACGACCCAAUAAAAAACCCAAGAUCUCUUUGGCUCCGCCUGUUGACCUCGCAGAAUAAUCUGAUCUCGAAUCCCUCUUUGCUGCUCUGCUGACCCUACCCUUUCCUUGUCACCUCCCGAUGCUUCCGAAUGCUCUCUCUUUCAG